GGCCGGCCGGGAGGAAGGCGCCGGCGUCCGCGCGAGCGCUGGAACGCGCCGGGGCACCGGGCUCGUUCCCCGCGCCCCGGGGCCGCCCAAGCGCAGGUCCGGGAGGUGGGGAGGACCUGGUGCAUGGCUGCUUCCUGACCCUGAAGGCCGGAGGGAGCGUCCCUCGGGCGGUGGAAGCCCACUAGGCAAGCCGAGGGCAGCCUCGAGCCCACCCUUGCCGGCCUCCCCCGUGGGGGCCAGGAUGCUGAAGAAGCAGUCCGCAGGGCUCGUGCUGUGGGGCGCCAUCCUCUUCGUGGCCUGGAACGCCCUGCUGCUGCUCUUCUUCUGGACGCGCCCGUCGCCCGGCCGGCCGCCCUCGGACGGCGCCCUGGAUGACGACCCCGCCGGCCUCACGCGCGAGGUGAUCCGCCUGGCCGAGGACGCCGAGCUGGAGCUGGAGCGGCAGAGGGGACUGCUGCAGCAGAUCCGGGAGCACCAUGCGCGCUGGAGCCGGCGGGGGCGGCGGCCCACGGCCGCGCCCCCCGGGCCCCCGCGCGCGCCCGCGUCCGCGCCGCCGGCCGCCAUCGCCGUCCUGGUGAUCGCGUGCGACCGCAGCACGGUGCGCCGCUGCCUGGACAAGCUGCUGCGCUACCGGCCGUCGGCCGAGCACUUCCCCAUCCUCGUCAGCCAGGACUGCGGGCACGAGGAGACGGCGCGCGUCAUCGCCUCGUACGGCAGCGCCGUGACGCACCUGCGGCAGCCGGACCUGAGCAGCAUCGCCGUGCCGCCCGAGCACCGCAAGUUCCAGGGCUACUACCGCAUCGCGCGCCACUACCGCUGGGCGCUGGGCCAGGUGUUCCGCCGCUUCGGCUUCCCGGCCGCCGUGGUCGUGGAGGACGACCUGGAGGUGGCGCCCGACUUCUUCGAGUACUUCGAGGCCACCUACCCGCUGCUGCGCGCCGACCCGACGCUGUGGUGCGUGUCGGCCUGGAACGACAACGGCAAGGAGCAGAUGGUGGACGCGGGCCGGCCGGAGCUGCUCUACCGCACCGACUUCUUCCCGGGCCUCGGCUGGCUGCUGCUGGCCGAGCUGUGGGCCGAGCUGGAGCCCAAGUGGCCCAGGGCCUUCUGGGACGACUGGAUGCGCAGGCCCGAGCAGCGGCAGGGCCGGGCCUGCGUGCGCCCCGAGGUCUCCAGAACCAUGACCUUCGGCCGCAAGGGCGUGAGCCACGGGCAGUUCUUCGACCAGCACCUCAAGUUCAUCAAGCUGAACCAGCACUUCGUGCCCUUCACGCGGCUGGACCUGUCCUACCUGCGGCGGGAGGCCUACGACAGGGCCUUCCUCGCGCGCGUCUACGGUGCUCCGCUCCUGCAGGUGGAGACAGUGAGGACCAGUGAGCGCAGCGAGCUGGGCGAGGUGCGCGUGCAGUACACCGGCCGGGACAGCUUCAAGGCCUUCGCCAAGGCGCUGGGGGUCAUGGACGACCUCAAGUCCGGGGUCCCCAGGGCCGGCUACCGGGGCAUCGUCAGCUUCCUGUUCCGCGGCCGCCGCGUGCACCUGGCCCCGCCGCAGACGUGGGACGGCUACGACCCGAGCUGGAACUAGCUGCGCCGUCCGCCGCGGCCGGGCCCCUGCUUGCCGUCCCGUGGGCCGCGAGGGGGCCGGGGCCCUGGGCCACCUCGUCCUCUCCGUGUGUCUCUCUCGGGUACAUUUACCUUUCCUUUUUCCUUUUUUCUGUCUUUUCUUUUUCCGAAUGGCAUUCGAGAGCACAGAGGAAAGGGGAGGGUUAUUCUCCUGUUCUCCGGGGGGUCAAAUCAGGGGAACCUCGCUGGGCUAUGUUGGGCGGUGUCAGGCAGGAAACCACUGUGUGGUCGGGAGGGACUCGGGCAUGUGGGGCCACAGACUGCCGUGUUCCAGGUUUUUUCCUAGAGCGCUUGCAGAGAGCUGGGCAGCUUGAGCUCUCUUUCCCUUGUCCUGGCUCUUCCAGCCAGGGUGCGAGCUCACCUCCUGUAUCUGCUCCCCAUCCUCACCUCCCCCCAGUUUGAGGGGUUGUUGGGUUAUUUGAAAAGGGGACUUAAUCUGUGGCCAAAAUGAGACUAACCAAAGGGGUGUCAUCAUCAGAGUCGGGUGGAGCUCUUGGGCUUUCGGGGUUUACCGCCACCCACCCCUAUUUCUCUGCUACCCCUGUCCUUAUCCCUCACCUCCUCUGUGCUCUUCUUUCCUUGCAGCUUAGCAGUUUGUGAUUCUAAGAUGAAAAGUUGAAGGGGAAAAGCAAGACUUCUCGUCACCUUAUCCCCAGAAGCGGGAAGGGGCGGGGGAGGCAUGGUAGGGAGAAAGCCUUGGUGUGCGGGGACGUGCAUCCCUCACCCUGCCUCAAAGAAACAGACUCUGUUCCCGGGCCCUAGCCUUUCUAAAAACUGAUCCCUUCUCUGUUGCUGUAGGAGGUUUCAUGCUGGCCUCGUGGGAGAGCAGUUAGCUCCUUGUGUCCCUGCUCCCCUGGGGUUUGGUGCAUAGACUCUGCCCGGAAGGUUGAGGCUUCUGGCGGCCCUCGCAGGGUAGGUGGGCAGCCGAGACCGGAUGGUUCCUGCCUCCCUCCCCCGUCCCCCAGGCAUUCCCCUGUCUGCUCAGAUCAGGAUGAGGAUGGCGGGUUGGGGAGCAGUGUGUGUGUUUUUGCUUCUGGCCUGACCUCAGUUCAUGGAAGAAAGUUGAAGCUACAGAAUUAUUUUCAAAAAUAAAGGCUGAAUUGUCUGAAAAA